AUGGCCAAUUUUGUCCACAUUGCUGCGGCUCGUUUGUGUGACUUGCUUACCGACGAUUCACAAGCCACAUCGGUCUGUUGUACGUCCAGUUCCGCGGCCACUUUGUGCUACUCAGGAAAGCAUGGAAGCGGACCUGUGCCUAACUACCGUACCCAACCACAUAACUCGAACGCAACAUCAACGACACUUCAAGAGGGCGACUGGGCAAGCCCUGUGGACGGAAGGCGGAAGGGCGGACAGGGCAGAAAAAAAGGUAGUCCGUCACUCAAUAUCCUUUCCACCACUCGGCUUUACCAUCUGUUUCCUGGAGAUCCACUCUAA